UUAACUUCUGCUAAAUGUUAUGUGUCACAUACACGUAAUCGAGUCAAGUUUUUUUUUCCUUUUCUUUUUCUAUUCUUUCUGGAUUCUAACCCUCGAGACUCCAAAUUCAUCCGUUUUUACGCUGAGAGCUUUGGGAAUGUUUUGAAAUAAUCCCCUCACAUCCGGUAAUGGCGUAAAUGUUGCGAAUUGCCCUGUAGCUUCACGUUACAGCGCUUGCCUGCUGCUGAGCUGUUUUGCAGCGGCCGGAUGACCUCGGUGGUUUUCGGUGUUGUCGUACUCAACUUGAGUCGUUGGGUUUUCCAGAGAUCACCGCUGUCAUGACUUAACUCCAGUGGAACUUGCUAGCUGUUGUUGUCGACUGCUUGUGGACUUGUCACCAUGAGAAGCAGAAGCAACUCAGGCGUGAAACUUGACAACUAUGCUCGGAUCGUCCAACAAACUAUCCUGCAACACCAGGAUCCAGUCACGGGUCUUCUGCCUGGCAGCACUGAUCAGCCAGACGCCUGGGUGAGAGACAAUGUCUACAGCAUCCUGUCAGUGUGGGCCCUCAGUCUUGCCUACAGGAAGAACGCUGACCGGGAUGAAGAUAAAGCCAAGGCCUACGAACUUGAGCAGAGUGUGGUCAAGCUCAUGAGAGGAAUCCUCCAGUGUAUAAUGAGGCAGCUGGACAAGGUAGAGAAGUUCAAGUACAGCAGAAGCACCUCAGACUCACUCCAUGCUAAGUACAACACCAGGACCUGCGCCACCGUUGUCGGAGAUGACCAGUGGGGUCACCUGCAGGUCGACGCCACCUCUCUCUUCCUGCUCUUCCUUGCACAAAUGACAGCUUCUGGUCUUCAUAUAGUCUACACUCAAGAUGAAGUGGAUGUUGUUCAAAAUCUCAUGUUUUACAUCGAGGCAGCCUACAAAGUGGCAGAUUAUGGCAUGUGGGAACGUGGAGACAAAACUAACCAGGGCAUCACUGAGAUCAAUGCCAGCUCUAUUGGCACAGCCAAGGCUGCGCUGGAGGCUUUAGAUGACCUUAACCUGUUUGGAGCCAAAGGAGGUCCUGGAUCUGUUGUCCAUGCUCUAGCCGAUGACAUUCAGCACUGCCAGUCCAUCCUGACCUCCAUGUUGCCUCGAGCAUCCAUGUCCAAGGAGGUGGAUGCGGGCGUCUUGGCCAUCAUCUCGUAUCCUGCGUUUGCUGUGGAAGACAUCAACAUUGUCAAUAUGACCAAGGAAGAGAUCAUAUCUAAGCUGCAGGGUCGAUACGGCUGCUGCAGGUUUCUACGAGACGGACACAAAACUCCUAAAGAGGAUCCAAACCGUCUUUAUUAUGAGUCCGCUGAGCUCAAGUUGUUUGAGAACAUUGAGUGUGAGUGGCCUCUGUUCUGGACCUACCUCAUUCUGGAUGGUAUUUUCAUCAACAGCCCACAGCAGGUAGAAGAAUACCAGGAAGCUCUGGAGGGAAUCCUGAUCAAACAGAAAGAUGGCAUCCGGCUCCUCCCAGAACUCUACAGUGUUCCAUCAGAUAAAGUGGAGGAAGAGUACAUGAACCCUCACUCUGUGGAGAGAGUUCCGAUGGGAAAACUACCGCUAAAAUGGGGACAGUCACUCUACAUUCUGGGAAAACUUCUGAGUGAGGGUUUUCUGGCGCCAGGUGAGAUCGACCCGUUAAACCGACGUUUCUCCACCAUCACCAAGCCUGAUGUGGUGGUGCAGGUGUCCAUUCUGGCUGAGACGGAGGAGAUCAAAGAGCUGCUUCUGAAGGACGGAAUAGAUGUGGAGACGGUGGCCGACAUCCAUCCCAUCCACGUACAGCCAUCCAGAGUCCUCAGUCACAUCUAUGCCAGACUUGGUCGCAACCCUCGCCUCGGUCUGACCGGACGUCCCAACAGGAGAAUAGGGGUUCUGGGGACCUCCAAGUUCUACAUCAUCAGAAACACCAUGUUCUCUUUCACUCCCCAGUUUAUUGACCAUCAACAGUUCUACCUGGCCUUGGACAACAAGAUGAUCGUGGAGAUGCUUAGGACUGAAAUUUCCUACCUUGCUUCGAGAUGGAGGAUGACUGGCCGGCCCACGGUCACGUUCCCCAUCUCACAGUCGAUGCUGACUGAGGACCGCACGAACCUGGACCCUGCUGUCGUGGCAACACUUAGGAAGUUACAAGAUGGUUACUAUGGAGGCGCCAGGAUCCAGACGGGCAAGCUGUCAGAGUUUUUGACCACUUCGUGCUUCGCUCACCUCAGCUUCUUGGAUGGUAAGGUGCCUGGCAGCAUGCACCGUCCCGAUGAAGAGUAUGAUGAUGAUGAUGACGGCGAAGGAUACGUGCAUGAAUUACGAUGUGAUGAUGAGGCCGAUGACCUUGCUGAGUAUUUGGACCACCUUUUGGCCCACUCAGCUCCUAAGAAACCCCAGAAGCAGCAGGCAGGGGCUCUGGGGAGAUUCAAGGCUGCAGCCACCAAGACCAAGGAGAUGGUGACUCUAAUGAGCAAGGCUCAAACUCUCGACGUCCAGAAUGUUAACAUGUAUCUGUCCAACAAGCUGUUCCGCUCCCCUCAGCCGUCUCUCAACCUCAAUCUCCCAGAAUCCCCUGCACCGCACGACAGCCAGGUUCCAGAGGUGACCGUGACCCCACAGAGCGGAAUCCCCAGAGAUCCCAGCGGAGCCAUCGAUCAUCACGCGCUGGUCCAGCUGCUGAGAGACACAGAGAGUCUCCGCGACCAGGCGGACAUCCUCUACAUCCUCUACAAAGACAAGGGGAUGGAGUGGGACACCCGUCUUCAUGGUAAAGGCCCCACGGUGAGGGCACUGCUGACAGAUCUCUAUGAGAAAGCCGGCGAACUCAAACACUGGGGGCUGAUCCGGAUGAUCUCUGGCAUGCUGAAGAAGAAGGUGGAGGAGCUGGACUCGGCUUGCUCCGAUUUGCUGGCGCACCAGAAGCACCUAACGGUGGGCCUCCCCCCUGAACCACGAGAGAAAACCAUCACUGCUCCGAUUCCUCCUGACCAGUUGGCUGACCUCAUCGACAAGGCCAGCGAGAACAACAUCAGUGUGGCCAUUCUCACUCAAGAGAUUAUGGUGUAUCUGGCCAUGAGCAUCAGGACACAGCCCAGCCUUUUCAGCGAGAUGUUUCGCCUGCGGAUCGGCCUCAUCAUCCAGGUGAUGGCUACUGAGCUGGCCCAGUCGCUCAACUGCUCAGGAGAGGAGGCCACAGAGAGCCUGAUGAGUCUGAGUCCAUCAGAGCUGAAGAAUCUUCUCCACCACAUCCUCAGUGGGAAGGAGUUUGGAGUUCAGCGCAGCGUGAGAGACCUCGAUGCUGGAGUCAGUCCUGCCAUUUCCAUCCAUCACCUGGGUAACGUGGGCGCCACCAAGAGCGAGCGGGCUGGAAUCAGCAAACUGAAGAGUGACAUGAAGAUGCUUGAGCACAGGUUGUCCUUGACAGAACCCAAGAAGGGGGAGCACAGGUUGUCCUUGACUGAGUUUUUUAUGACGGAUCGAAGGGUCUCAAUGACAGACUCUGUGAAGCUUGAACAGGCCAUGAUGUCUCCACGCAAGAGCCUGAGGUCUCAGUCCCUGGACAUAGAGAACAUCGAGUCUGGGAGGUACAGACUUCCAUCAAUAGAGUCUCUGGAUAUUCCUGAGGGCAUCACCGUCUCCAAGGACACCAGGCACGGGCAGUGGCUGCGCAGGAGGCGUCUGGACGGCGCCUUAAAUCGAGUGCCUGUGGGCUUCUACAAGAAAGUCUGGAAUAUUCUACAGAAAUGUCACGGACUGUCCAUCGAGGGCUUCGUCCUUCCUUCUUCAACCACCAGAGAGAUGACCCCUGGAGAGAUCAAGUUCUCUGUCCAUGUGGAGACGGUGCUGAACCGUGUCCCUCAGCCUGAAUACAGACAACUUCUGGUGGAGGCCAUUCUGGUCCUCACCAUGCUGGCGGACGUGGAGAUUCCAAGCAUCGGCUCCAUCAUCCAUGUGGAGAAGAUCGUCCACCUCGCCAACGACAUGUUCUACAAGGACCAGAGAGAUCUGGAAGCUGAAGAACACAUCCUUGAACGAGACCCCUCCACAGGAGUGUGCAGGCUAUUGUACGACAGCGCUCCUAGUGGUCGCUUUGGCAGCAUGACCUACCUCACCAAGGCCGUGGCCGUCUACGUGCAGGACUUCCUGCCCUGUGGCUCGUGCGCUGUGCAGUGAAACAGAAGAGGCCUUUCUUCUCAUCGCAGUGUUACAGCAACUGAAUCUCAAUACUGAAACCUAACUUUGUGUGCUCAGAUACUCAAGUGAAAAAAUGAUGACCCCCAAUAUGACAGGAAGUGAUCCUUCACCUCAACUUUUUGUGAAUUAUGUUCUUGAAAUAGCUGUUUUAAGUUGCCAUAUACUGUUUUAAAGCACAUUUAUCACAAAUGAAUGUAGUUUUCUCUUAUAGAACUAUUUAUCCAUAACUUUUUAUAGUAAACAAGAAGAAUCCAAAUGCAAAUAAAUCAACUUCCAUUUAAUUAAACAUCCUAGUAAGUAACCAAUCCACUAUAUUAAUGUAUAAUCUUAAACAAGCAGCUGUGUUUGAUCGCAUCAGUAAAUCCCUUUAUUGCUUGCGCUUGUGAUGUUUGUGGAGGGAAGUGCCUUAACAAGAAAAUGCAAUUGAUGUUUUUAAACACGUGAGUUUGUUUUGUCAGUUGGUGGUGAUUGAGUUUUUUUUAAAAAUCUGAUCUCACUAAAAUAUUUUGAUGAGCACCGAGCUACAACAACUACAGCAGUCAUAUACAGACAGAAAGCUAAGCAAAAUGUUUUUUGGAUUUUUUUUUUUCGGAAAGAAAAAACAACCAAGCAUUGCACAUGAUAACUGUGCUGUGCCCCUGCGGAACUAAAGUAAAGUUUGCUGUCCAAGGAAUUUUUUGACAUGAAUAAAUUCAGCCUUACACACGGAAUUUGGCACAUUGAAACUGUUGUUCCUGAAGUUUAAUUUAUUUACUCAUUAUUUCAGUUUACU